AUGGAUCCGGCAUUAGUUAAAGAACGUCAAAAAUUUAUUAACCGCCAAUUGGCUCAGCCAAGUGUGGAGAAAAGGAAAUCUCAACCGGUUACUAAAUUCAAGCCCGAGAAAUCAGUUAAAACAUUUACUUCAACUCCUGCAACAUCAGGAAGUAAAUCAUAUAAUUAUAAGCUAACUACUGGACGAUCGCGGAGUAGAUUUGGGGUAUUAAAUAAGAUUGUUAAUUACAUGAAAGAACGCUACCAAUAUGGUGAAAAUUCUCCACUGUCUCUUGAUGAAUUACUUGAUCGAACUCAGACUACCGAUAUUGAAUCUACCGACAAAGAUUGGCUCGCAAAGCAUGCUUUAGUAAAUAAUGAGAAGAUAAGUAUUCAAGAUGGUAAAUUCAAAUUCAAGCCAAAAUUCGAUAUCAAGAGUAAGAAACAGCUCUAUCGAUUUUUAAAGAAACGUUAUGAGAAUGGCUUAGGUGGCGUUUAUAUUGAUGAUGUGAAGGAAAGUUUGCCCAACUCUGAAAACAUAAUAAAGAAUCUAGAUGACUCGGUUACUAUCCUUACCAGACCGAAUGAUAAAAAACAAGUCAUAUACUUCAAUGAUAUCAAGAAUAAGUUUGACGUAUCCGAAGAAUUUAAACAAUUGUGGUAUAGCGUUAGUGUAGAUGUAUCUGAAAUCGAUAUCGAAGUGUACCUCAAAAAGGCUGGAAUAACUGUCAUGGAAGAUUCAGGUCGCACCAAAAGAAAAGCACCACCGCGCAAAAAUCCUAGGCAAUCGAAAAGGUCUCGCCAAUUCAAGUUUACUAAUACUCAUCUUGAUAAGGAUACGCUGAAGGAUUAUUCCGAUAUAGUAACGAAAACUGAUAAGUAA